AACCCUAAUAACAUAAGGUAAAACCUAGUCUCUCUCCGUCUUUCAUGACCUAACACAUUCUGAUGGCGUCCGAAAACCCGAAAGCAGAGAGCGCGCUAGAGGAUUCAAAGGUAGAGGCAAUAACCAAAGCCGUAGAUUCUCUCCUGAAAUGGCACAAAUCACGAUCAGAAACGGAAAAACCCAAAUUGUUCGAAGAAGAAGACUUCAUCUACCUCGUCUUAACCCUCAAGAAGAUUCCCACAAACGGCCGCGUGAACCCUCACAAGAUCCCCAUACCUCACUCCCUCCUCUCUCCGUCAUCGGAGCAAUGUCUCAUCAUCGACGACCGUGCCAACAAGCCCGCACGUCUCACCAAAGAUGAGGCUAAGAAGAAGAUUCAGUCUGAGUCCAUUCCUAUUUCCAAGAUUCUCAAGCUCUCCAAGCUCACCACGGAUUAUCGCCCGUUUGAGGCCAAGCGUAAGCUGUGUAAUUCCUAUGAUUUGUUUUUUGCUGAUAAGACUGUUGUGCCUUUGCUGCCGAGGUUGCUUGGGAAGCAGUUUUUUAAGAAGAGGAAGGUUCCGGUGCAGCUUGAUUUGAAGAAGAAGAACUGGAAGGAGCAGAUUGACAGAGCGUUAUCUUCCGCGCUGCUGUUUUUGAGGACUGGGACUUGUAGUGUUUUGAAGGUGGCCAAGAUGAGUAUGGAGAGGGAUCAGAUUGUGGAGAAUUUGGCUGCUGCUAUGGAGGGGGUUGUUGAGGUUUUUCCCAAGAAAUGGGGGGUUGUUAGGUCUUUUCAUGUUAAGUUGUUGGAUUCGGUUGCGUUGCCGGUUUAUCAGGUGGUGCCGGAUGUUAGGUUGAAGAUUGAGGGGGUUAAGGAUUUGGAGGCUGCGCUGGUGAAGGAUGAGAAGAAGGUUCGUGAUGGGAAGGACGGGAAGAAGAGUAAGAAGGGGAGGAUUCAUGAGAUUAAGUAUAUGGAUGAUAGAAUGAGUGAGGAGGGUGAUGUUCGUAGUGAUGUUGAUGUCGAUGUUGCUGAUAUUGAUAUUGAUGAUGAUGCUGUUGGUGGUGGUGAUAAGUUAGAUGGUGAUCACGAGAACGGUGAGAUUGAGAGUGGAGGGAUUAGGAUUAAGAAGAGGAAGAAAGGAGUUAAAGGGAAGAAAGAGGCUUUGAGUGAGGCAGGAAGUGUGAAAUCGUUGAAGGGUUCUGCUAAGAGGAAGAAGAAAGAUGUGUUAGAGACUGUGAAUGCUGCAGAAGAAGAAGGUUCGGACAAGAAGACAAAGAGAGCGGCUUUGAGUGAGGCGGAAAGUGUGAAAUCGUUGAAGGGUUCUGCUAAGAGAAAGAAGAAAGAUGUGUUGGAGAAUGUGAAUGUGAAUGUAAAUGUAAAUGCUGCAGAAGAAGGUUCCAUCAAGAAGGGCAAGGAUAAAUUAUUCACUGAGGACGCUGGUUCGGACAAGAAGACAAAGAGAGCGGCUUUGAGUGAGGCGGGAAGUGUGAAAUCUUUGAAGGGUUCUGCUAAGAGAAAGAAGAAAAAUGUGUUGGAGACUGUGAAUGUGAAUGUAAAUGCUGCAGAUGAAAGUUCCGUCAAGAAGGGAAAGGAUAAAUUAUUCACCGAGGACGCUGGUUCGGACAAGAAGACAAAGAGAGCUGAUGUGAAGGUAAAGGGUAGGAAAAGUUAGAAAGUUGUAUGAUCCGGCUCUUGAUGUUGGAAUGAUUUUGUUGUUACUGUUUAUUGCUUGCUGUGGCUGUGUUGUAUUGCCUGAUGAGUUCUCUGGCAGAUUUUGAAUUUUGAAUUUUGAGAAUUUUGGUAUUUAAUGGGUUUUAUUUUUGGUUAUAAUGUUGCUUACUGAUUCAAA